AUGCCUCGCAUUAUGCCUGCAGGAAUAACUUUACCAAGACUAGUCGAGAUACUAUCAAGAAACACUGUUCAUACUGAUCCUGAAGUUAUUAAAUCGGCUUCCAAGGCAUUGUUGCGUAUUGCUGCGCAGAUAGACAGUCAAACAGUUGUGACAGGAUUCUCAAGAUAUAUAUGCAAAAUCGAAGAUAAAUUCUCAGAAGUAGUCCAGUCGUUAGGGAGUGGCCCAAUCACAGGAGGUAGCCAUAAUGGAAAUGGAGGAAUUAUCAAGUUGUACGUGGAUCUUUUAUCAAUUUGGGUCAACAAGUUGGACUUGACAUCUUUGGAAAGACCUACCAAUCCCAACAUUAGGGGGUCUAUCGAUGUCAACAUCGGGAAGCUGCUUGAUUUAGUAGAAGAGACAGAGGCGAAUGGGCUGCUGUAUUUAUGUAACCAGUCACCCUCAAUUCGAAAAUUUGCGAUAGAAAUUAUCCAAAUGGCCUCAUUGCUGUCAGAUCGGUUGAACGCCAUGUUACAAACCAAAGCAGACGAAAUAAUUGCUCCGGAAAAAGAAACAACCAACGUAAAAUCAUGGACAAGAUUGUCACAGCUGCUGGAGUCGAUAGGCCAAGAUUUGAUACAAUUCGAUAAGGAAUCCAAUACGUUAUUAGGAACAAAAAUCUCAUCUGAGGUGCGUACCAGAAUACUUCAGCACCAAAGAAGAGGGAUAGAGCAGGUAUUGAUACAAAUUGCCGAAAGUGAUCAUCCAUCUGAUAUUAUCAUUUGGAAUAUAUGCUUACCAGAGAUUUUUAAAUUAUGCUUUCAACACUUUCCUCAAACAACAGCUCAAUGUAGACUUGGCAUAUGUGCUCGAUUAUUGCAAAUACAACCUUCAAUUUUGGCAUGGGUUGAAACAAUCAAAGCCGGUGCUACAGGUACGUUGAGUAUGGCAAAGAGUAGCAGCUCCAACCACAAAGCAGCAAGCCCUGAGACGAUCGAACAGUGGCGUAUAUACCUUAUUUUUGCAUGUGCAACAGCGAUACGAAUCGACAGCCCUACAAUUUCUUUGCCCAUUUGGUCCGCCGUAGGCCGAAAAGGAUCAGCCAAUGUGGACCGAAUUUCAAGCCCUCGCGAUUUAUUCAGAUUGAUAUCCCCUUACUUGACAUGUGAGCAUCGACCUAUUCGCGAAAGUGCUAUCGAUGGCCUUGGACACAUUAACCAGAAUGUGUAUAAGUCAUUGAUGUCUGAACUGGAGGGAUAUGUCAAAAUAAUCUUGGACGACGGUAAACAACGAAACAAUCAAAAACCUUACCAGAAUAAACGUAGCAAGAAAAAUGAUCGACUUCGUAUCUCUGUUAUGAAUGUACUCGAAUUGACAGCUGGUUGCUUAUCAGAUCCAGAAGCUGUUGGCGACAAAGACUUGAUGAAUGUGAUUAUGAGCUAUAUCAAGGAAACAAAAUCUUUUUUGGUAGACACGGAAGUACAAAUUGAAUGGGAAUAUCAACGUCUCCGAAUCUACUUGUGUGGUCUGGUCGAUAAAUUAUAUCAAAGCAUAAUGAAGUUGGAAGACCCUACGUCUCUCAUGUCAUUUGAAACUAGACUCAGUCUAUAUAAAAUGUUUGAAGAAUGGUGCGGUUACGGUGCUACUGCAAAGACUACUCAACAGCGAGAGGCAACUAUGAUCAGAGAUGUACUGGAACAAUGUAAAGAUCCGAAGGAGAGGACAAGUAUGACGCAAUUGAUAGAGGAUGAACGUAAGGCAUUAGAGUCAGCUUCCUUGAGUGCAAUGGCCACUCUUUGUCGUGGUCCUUUAUAUGCAUACCUUGGACAGAAGAAGGCUCGCCAGGCUAUUAUUCAAUUUGAUACGCUCAAUGUUCUCCGCUGGAUUGAUGCUAUAUUUGAAAGCCGUGAUCCUAAUUAUCACUCGAUCGCUCGUCGUGCCCUUGAAGCAGUUAUGAUUUACAACCAAGAUCAAUCGGUGCUACUUGACGAUAUCAUUGAACAAUGUUAUGCAGGUAAUCCCAAGCUUGAAUUCACUCAAGGGUAUUUCCAAGCGUUAGCCGAAAUUGUAACUCAAGUCGAAGAUUAUCCAUGUCAUAUUCAUCAAAUCAUGAGUCUUGCUCUCUUUAAAUCGGGUGAUGCAAAAAAGACAAUUCGUAAAACUGCAAUUCAAUUACUUCGUGUUAUUGAAGAGCGGGUUUUUGCUGAUUCGUGUGCAAAAGAAUACGAAAUCGGCAUCACGAGUAGUCUACCUGCCAUUUAUAAACACACCCAAUCAUUAUUGUCUGCACGCCUUGCUCUCGACCAUCCUGAACAAACUUAUUCGAUGCUAUCUGAAAUCACCCAACGUUUUGAACAUAUCAGUCCAAACUCUCAACGUGAAGUACUGACAUACAUGCUACCCUGGCAUAGAAAAGUAGAUCUUGGUGUUGGACCUCAUGAUUCUGAAUUAAGCGCUUCAGCCUACAUGGUGCUAUCAAACUUGUACUACAUAACGAUCAAGUUCGGUGAUAUCUACGUGAAAGAAACUGCUGCAUUAUGGAGUCAAUUAGUUGAUUCCGGUCGUAACGUACGUGCAAUCAUCAUGUAUUUAUUAGAUAUGGGCCAGGAAAAAAGAAAUCCUUGGUUCUUAAUUCAUGCAAAACGAGUGUUUGUCUGUCUUGGUCGUACACAUGCGUUUGCGACUAUUACCGAAGAAAUUAUUGCCGAGAUUACACCAAGAACGAUGGUACCCCAAUUGAAAGAAGCCAGUGGAAGACAUGCACAUGCUUUCCCACUGCUAUUUGUUGCAGAUACAGAGAAAGUGCUUCCAUCGUAUCCCAAACGGCCCAUGUUUUCUAGAGGUCAAUUAGCCAUGGUAUUCCUGGUAGAUCUUGCGAUCGAAGCCGGUGCAGAUCUUGCACCACAUUUACCAUUGCUAUUACACAGUAUCUUUGUACAGUUAGACCACUUGACUAGUAUUAUUUGUGACCAGUCUCGUUGUUUUUUGAUCAACCUUAUACACUCCAUCGUGGUUCGUCAAUCUAUGGACUCCGAAGCCUCCCAAAAAGCAUCUGAAAUUAUCCAAUGGUUAGUAGGUAAAGAAGGAAAACGAUUAUGGGCCUAUGAAAACAUCACGCCCAAUAAUCGACGUAUUGUAAGCUCUGAUGAGCUUAAAGGAUUAAUUCAUCGUGUGGUGGAUGUAUUUUCGUAUGAAGAUCCUGAUUUGCGACAGAAGUGGGGAGAAACCGCCUUAAAGUGGGCUACUUGUUGCUCUGUCCGACAUAUCGCUUGUCGUUCAUUCCAGUGUUUCCGAGGUCUGAUGCCAGCUUUCAAUCAACACAUGUUGGCGGAUAUGCUCGCACGUCUAUCUAAUACCAUUGCGGACAAAUCUGAAGAAAUCCGUGGAUUUGCAUUGGAAAUUAUUUUGACGUUAACUGAAGUUGCCAAGUCUAUGGAUAAAAGCCAAAUAGAGCAAUUUCCUCAGUUGUUUUGGGCCGCUGUCGCUUGUUUAUACAGUCCCUAUGAAUCGGAGCAUUGUGAAGCAUUGUUACUGCUAGAGAUCGUAUUAGAAAAGUACGGGUUUAACCCGAAAUUGGCUGAUAGUUUCCCUAAAAACUGGUCAAGCGAGUUCGAUGGUCUUCAACCUCUCUUAUUGAAAGGCCUUCAGUUUCCAUCAGCAGAGGAAAACACAUUCAAUAUUCUAAAAUCAAUCUCUCUUCAAGACAACCUGCCUUUGAUUGAUCCUACCGAAACUCGGCUCAUGUACCUCCUAUUGGGUUGUUUACCUCGCUUGCUACAUGGUCUCGAUAAUGAAAAUGAGGUGGAUCCCAAGGCUAUCCAGCUUGCAAACACAUUGAUAAAACUAUUUGAAGAUUAUGGCUUGUCUGGCAUUCAACGUGUUCUCGCCACUUAUCAUAUCCAAAAAUCAAAGUUCCAAGAAGACUAUCUCAAGCAAAUUUUGUCAAGCAUGCGCGAUGUCUUUUUGGUGGAAUACAGCCAACAGGCGUUUAUGUUUUGUCUUUUGAUGGUCAAGAAUAAGCUCCCAUUCUAUCGUGAUAAGACUUUAUUAGUAAUUGAAAACCUGGUACCCUAUAUCACGGGAAAAGUAAUGCGAGCUACAACAGAAGUCUCGAUUGAUAUCGCAGCCUUCGAACCCUUAUUACAAUUAGUCCCCACUGAAUACGUUGACCGAGCUCUUGGUGUAUUAAACUCUGGUAUUCAUACUGUAGCUCGUGAUGCGAAAUCAGCCAUGGCUUCCGAUAAUGAAUUAAUUUAUGGAUUCAAUAAUUUUGCAGAGGCAGCGAAAAUUACUCGACACAAUAUUCAUGCGGUUGUAUUUGAAUGCUCGUCUAUCACCAAUGAAGCUCCUAUUGAACAUAAUAUCCAAUUCUCUGUAGAGGACUUUUCUAUGUUAACGGGUGAGGCAUCUGUGACUGAAAAUGUAUAUAGAGAUGAUUAUACCAUGGCUGGAGUUAAUUCUCAAUCGGUCGGUGGAAUAUCAACUGCUGGUCAAUAUGGUGACGAUUUGAUGAAUGCUUUGAAGGAUCUCGAUGAUUUCUUCAAUGAAGACGGCGAACCUCUUUCGCCUUCCAGUUCUACCAAACUCUAUAAUGAAUUAAGCCAAGAGGAAGAUGAGGAUGAGGAGGAAGAGGAGGAUUACUCGCCUGCUAUGUGA